GAUGUGGGUAGGGGGAAGGGAUGGUUUGUGACGGUAAAUACCCGGCUGUAACAACACACAACCGAUCGGAAAGGCCAAAAUUCAGCGUGUGUUUGUGGGUUACAGUCAGGACAGCAGAGGAACAAGUUGUUUCCACGAACCCAAAAAUGUAACUUCAUAUUCAGCGUUUUUACAGAUAAUAGCAGCGCGUCUCAUAAUGCUGUAGAUCAGUAAACGGCUAUAUUUGUCUGGAUUAGGGCUCUUUAACACCUUUAAACUCUGGGAAUUAGUUCUUUCACGUCGGACCUCCAAUAGAUCCGUGCUGAUCUCGUUUUAGGCGUUUAGGGACACGGGUUUUGUUGUGCAGGAGCUCGAGAGCCAACAACAAAAGCGCUAGCACAGCCGGCUAGUCAAACACCGGUGUCUUUAAUCAUUUGCUGUUAAAAUGCACCAGCGAUGGACAACAGAAUUAAUUUGCCUUCAUUAUUAAUGCGUUAACUCUACUGCAAACCUCAUAGAUGCAUUCGAUCAUCCAUGGGGUUAAUAUCAUGCAUUAGAUGUGUAGGUUGACAUAUAGCGUUAGCUUGUUAGCACUAGCGGUUUCUUUGUUGUGGAAAAAAACCCGGUUUGCUUUGACGGCUUUUGCCUUUUUGCUAAGGGAAACUGUCGUUUUUAUGACUUUAAAUUGAUUAUUUUAUUGCUUUUAUUUUAUUGUCUUUUAUCGUUCGCACGUCAUGUAUUUUUAACUAUCUUCCUUGUAGUGUUGCGUUAAGUGAGGUACACGAAUAGCGUCUCUUUAAAAGAGAGCAACACAGAGACAUACUGUAUAUAAAUAACCAUACAAAGCUACAAGUGGCACGUUUUAUGCUUAGAUAACGCUAUAAUGGCCUACACUUUAAGAUCACAGAGGACCUGUUUGUUGCGGACACAUAUAAUCUUCAUUUUCAUAGGACAUGCGGUUUCUUUACAACACAGCGAGAAUGUAUAUGUAUCAGGGAUGUCAAACGCUUGUGGAGAUGUGGCCGAGCAGGUCCGAGCCUCCAGUGGUGUAAUAACCAGCCCUGGCUGGCCCUUUGAGUACCCGUCUCACAUGAACUGCAGCUGGAACAUCAGGGCCAACCCUGGAGAGAUCAUCACAAUCAGUUUUCAGGACUUCGAGAUUCAGAGCUCGCACCGAUGUGGUCUGGAUUGGAUCUCCAUUGGAACCUACAAGAACCUGGAUGGGUACCGGGCAUGUGGCUCGUCCAUUCCAGCCCCAUACAUCUCCUCUCAAGAUCACGUGUGGAUCAAGUUCCACUCUGAUGACAGCAUGACUGGAAAGGGCUUCAGGCUUUCUUACAUAACAGGGAAAUCGGAGGAGGCCAGUUGCAAGCCAGACCAAUUCCACUGUGCCAACGGCAAAUGUAUCCCAGAAUCAUGGAAGUGCAACACUAUGGACGAAUGUGGUGAUAAUUCGGACGAGGAGCUGUGCGUGCAGCCCAACCCCUCUGCGUUCUUCUCCUUCCAACCAUGCGCCUUCAAUCAGUUUCCCUGCCUCUCGCGCUACACCCGCGUUUACACCUGCCUGCCAGAGUCGCUCAAAUGCGACGGCAGCAUCGACUGUCAGGACCUGGGCGAUGAGAUCGACUGCGACGUGCCCACCUGCGGUGAGUGGCUGCGUAACUUCUACGGCACUUUCAGCUCACCCAACUAUCCCGACUUCUACCCGCCCGGCAGUAACUGCACCUGGCUUAUUGACACCGGCGACCACCGGAAGGUUAUCCUGCGUUUUAUGGACUUUAAACUGGAUGGCACAGGCUACGGAGACUUUGUUAAAGUGUACGAUGGGCUGGAGGAGAACCCCAGGCGACUGUUGCGGGUUUUGACUGCCUUCGACUCUCGAGCGCCCGUAGCGGUGGUGUCGUCCUCAGGACAGCUCAGGAUCCAUUUUUAUGCAGACAAAAUCAAUGCGGCCCGUGGCUUUAACGUUACUUACCAAGUCGAUGGCUUCUGUCUGCCGUGGGAGAUUCCUUGUGGUGGGAACUGGGGUUGUUACACCGAGCAACAACGAUGUGACGGCUACUGGCACUGCCCCAACGGACGGGAUGAGCUCAACUGCAGCAACUGCCAGGAGGAUGAGUUCCCGUGCUCUCGAAAUGGCGCAUGCUACCCACGCUCUGACCGCUGCAACUACCAGAACCGUUGCCCAAACGGCUCGGACGAGAAAAACUGCUUUUUCUGCCAGCCCGGAAACUUUCACUGCAAGAAUAACCGCUGCGUGUUUGAAAGCUGGGUAUGCGAUGCCCAAGAUGAUUGUGGGGAUGGAAGCGACGAGGAGAGCUGCCCGGUGAUCGUUCCCACGCGAGUCAUCACUGCCGCUGUCAUUGGGAGUUUGAUCUGCGGCCUGCUGCUGGUCAUCGCUUUGGGCUGCACAUGCAAACUCUACUCGCUUAGGAUGUUUGAGCGAAGGUCGUUUGAGACGCAGCUCUCCAGGGUGGAGGCGGAGUUACUGAGAAGAGAAGCUCCUCCUUCAUAUGGUCAGCUGAUCGCUCAAGGCCUGAUCCCACCAGUAGAGGAUUUUCCUGUUUGCUCUGGAAAUCAGGCAUCCGUUUUAGAAAAUCUGAGAUUGGCAGUUCGAUCUCAACUGGGAUUCACCUCAAUCCGACUCCCCACCACAGGACGUCACGGAAACAUCUGGAGACGCUUGUUCAAUUUCACACGUUCGCGGCGGUCUGGUUCUCUCGCCCUGGUUUCUGCAGACACCGAAGAAGGAGCAGUUGGCAGCGGUUCAGCGCGUGAACCAGAGAGGCUUGGCUCUCACCGUGGGCUCCUGCCCCUGGACUCCGAUGACACAGACACAGAGAGCGAGCACCAUUCCCGCAGGGAUGUUGCCGGGGCUGUUGGAGGCCUGAUGUCUCCCCUGCCGCAGAAAACUCCCCCCACCUCCGCAGUGGAAGCCAUCGUCUCGGUCUCUGCCAGCUCGGCUCCGCUGGUCAGCCAUGAGAGCAGCAUCUCUGAGAGUAUUUCAGAAAGUUCUACAGUGUCCGGACCUUCAUGCCCUGCCUCCUUGGUCUCUACUGCAAGGAGCCCGUUCAGCUCCGCUUUAAGCCGUGUCACUCGCAGUCUGCGCUGGAUCCGUUUCUCCCUCAGUAGCUCUGGAGAUGGAGGAUCAAAUGGCGUAGGACAGAAUCACAGCCCGUUGCGCCAGCUGGAGCAGGGAAGCGCGGGCUCUGCCGGUGCCACCGCCAGGGGCGAGGAGGAAGAUGAUGUGGAACUUCUCAUUCCAGUCUCCGACAACGGAUCACUGGACAGUGAUGAGUGUACCAGGCCCCUGCUGGAACCAGGUCUGGAGCAUGCCUUCGGACCUCACCUGGCACCAGCUGCCGUCUCUCUCAGAGGCCGCGUGGUGGGCAGAGACGGGCCCUGCGAACACUGUGGAAUUGUCCACACAGCACGGAUCCCUGACGGAUGCCUGGAGGCGACAGCAAAAACGGAAAGCAGUGACGAUGAGUUACUGCUGCUUUGUUAAGACUCGGUACAUGACCCAUAUGACUCUAAAGCGCCCCUGCUCACAGCUUGCCGCUUCUUAUAUCACCUGCUAGUGGAACAGAGGACCGGUGUGUCCUCUUAGAAAACAAAGAGCUGCAGAAUUCAGAUACUUUUUAAGAUCGGUCUGCAAGAAUGAGACUGAAGAGUACGAGAGCUCCCCACACUCCCUUCCACUGUGCAAUAUAAGUAUUUGUUAAGAUGUUUACCAGGUCAAAGUCUAUUUUUCUGACGAUCAAAAAUAAUUAUCAUGUCAAAUUAAAUCACAUAGAGAGAGAGAGAGACACUCUGCAGUUCUUUAUCCGGGAAAGCAGCACAAAUAAAUGCAUCUAUCCUGAGUAGUGUGGAGCGACGAAGGAAUGAAUGCAUACAAGCUCCACAGGAGAUUUGUUAUCUAACCUUUAAGUUAUUUGUACUUUGAUGUCAAAUAUUUUUUUGUUUCAUUUAAAGAAUGGUUCAGGCAAAAAUGUGUCCGUUGCCUGACGGGUCCCUUUCCCAGAUUUCACGAAAGAAAGUGCUACGGGUUUAAAGUCAUGGUACACGAUAGCGUUAGGGGUAUAGAUAAUGGCAGAAUUUUCAUUCUAGCUUGAACCGUUCCUUAAACUGAAAGAAAAAAAGUGGGAACUCAAAUAAGAUUAUUACAAUUUUGCAUUGCUAAAGCGGUACGAGGCAUGUUACAUGCAAUUAUUGGCAAAGGACAUAUAUUUAUAAGAGUGUAAUCGGAGAGGGAGCUAUUAUUUUUAAUGGAAAUUGCAUUGUAUAACAGGCAUUUUUGUUUUUUGUAUUUAUUUUGUUACCUUAAACAUUUUGGUAACCCUAUCGUUUCGGUACUGAGAAUUCUUGUGUGAGUGUGUAUAUUUAUUAUGGUUUUCAUUUCAAUAGCGUUUACUUGAAAAGCAUGUCCAGCGGUCUUGUGCUUAGUUUAUCCCAUUUCAUAAUGCGAUGUUAAUAAUAUAUAGAUAUAAACACAUACACAGACACACACACACACAUGCACAUACACACACAUAAAUAUAUAUAUAAAAAGACAACUGUUUACUGCACUAUGAGAAUAAAGUGUUCAUCCCA